UAUCUCAGAUUGCAAGAGUUCAAUGAUUAACCACAGAAAGAGAAAGAGAGGAGAGGGGACAGAGAAUGGAAAGACAGGGGAAGGAAAAUUAGACCACGCAACACAUCGGCCUGUUUUGAUGCCAUUGAACACAUAACAUGGGGGACUACACUGCUGAACGCACCAUCUUUCUAAAUGAUGGGACUCGCAUGCCCCUACUGGGCCUGGGAACGUGGAAGGCCAGCACUGAGGUGGCACAGCAGGCAACUGAGGCUGCCAUUGCUGCAGGAUACCGACACAUCGAUACAGCAUAUAGCUACCGUAAUGAGGUGGAACUGGGCCGGGCCAUCCAUGCCAAGAUCAAGCAGGGCAUCAUCAGCCGGAAGGACAUGUUCAUCGUCAGCAAGUUGUGGUGUACACACCAUGCCACCUCAGAUGUGCAGCUGUGUCUUAGCCAGUCCCUGAGAGACCUGCAGCUGGAGUACCUAGACCUGUACCUAAUACACUUUCCUGUGGCCCUAAAGAGAGUAGGGGAUGAGCUCUUUCCCAUGAAAGACGGUAAACUUCUCACCACAGAUAUUGACUACGUGGAUGUAUGGAGGAAAAUGGAGGCUCUGCAGGCCUCCGGCCAAGUGAAGAGUAUUGGAGUCUCAAAUUUUAAUAUUGCUCAGCUUGAGAGGCUGCUGUCUGUAGCCAAGGUUCCUCCAGCUGUCAACCAGGUGGAGCUGCACCCCUACCUGGUCCAGUCCGAUCUGAUUCAGUUCUGUAAGGAUCGGAACAUCGCCCUUACCGCUUACAGCCCUUUUGGGUCCCCCGGAAGACCCCCAGAGCACCACCAUGGGGACACCGACCCUGAGAAGAUUCUGGAAGAUCCUCUGGUCCAGAGUGUUGCCAAAAAGUACAAACGGAGCCCUGCACAGGUGCUGCUACGAUAUCAUGUACAGCAGGGCAUAGCAGUGAUCCCCAGAAGCAUCAAACCCAACCACAUCCUGGAGAACACAAAGAUUUUUGACUUCUCUCUGCACGAGGAGGACUUCAGAGCACUUCAGGGCCUGGAUCGUGGAUGGAAAGCCUGCACCCUUGACGCGCUGAAAUCUCACCCCUACUACCCCUUCUGAAACAGCCCCAGGGGUAAAGAAGCAGGGCAGGAAGGGAGCGGCGCACCUGGACAUACACGCAAUCUGAAAAGUCAUCAUCAUAUUUCUGUUUAAUUUAAUUCAAUCAUCCGCAUUUCCCUGUAUAGGGACCAUGACGCAUUUUAAUAAAACAGAGCUCCAGCCA